AUGACUAUUGCGACGAGUACAGCAGAGAGUUCGGCUACAACAAUGCUUGCAGGCAACGGACGUACAAGUAGUGGAAACAUCGUCAUCUACAAGCCGCAUCAUGAGGCUAGUAGUAUUGAGUUGUUCUACGACUUGUUCUUCGUUGCGAAUCUAGCACUUGUCAACUACUUGAAGCUGUUCACGCUAUUGUGGUUUACCUGGCUCAGCACAACGUUAUUCGACGUCCGUUUCGGCAUCGACUGCGUCUGGAGUCGACUGCAUAAGGCCAUCCAAUUCGGGGUCUUCACUGGCUUCGUGUUCGCAGGGCCUGUCUUCGACAAAUACAACAACAGCUAUGAUGGGGAGUCUUACAGGCAUUUUGCCAUUGUGCUUGUGGUGUCUCGCGCGUGCAUCGCAGUCCAGUACGCUGUGGUCAUGUGGCAGGGACGAAUGUUCCGCCAGACACUAUUGCCACUGGGUCUGAGCACUGCUAUCUACAUAGCUGCGGCUGCAGCGUAUGCCAUUACCUUAGUUGUAUUUCGCGACUAUGGAGUAGGCUUGGACGAACAGAUUACUUGGGUCGUCAUUGCCAUUGUUGAAGGACUGGCGAUCCUUCUCAUUGCCAUGACAUGGCGUAUUGUCAGCUUCAAAUACACGCACAUUGUCGAACGCUUGCAGUUGCUCACACUUAUCAUCAUUGGCGAAGGCAUCAUUGGUAUGGUCAAGAGCGUUGCUUGCAUUACCAAAGGGCAAGCCAAGAACAACUCUACCGAGCUCGGUUCUGUAGUAUCGGCAGUUGUGCUUCUGUACCUCAUCUACAUGCUUUACUUCGAUCAGUUCUCCGAAGACCGCUUCGGCACCCUGCGUCAACAGAUCUGGUCACUGCUUCACUACCCGCUUCACAUGGCGAUCGUGAUUUGCGUUGAAGGAAACACUUCCUUGAUCGUCUGGAACUCGGCAGUCCAAGCUCUCAGGUUCAUGUGGAGCCUCGAGUGUGAAGACUAUUCCGACCCCGCUGACGACUUCCAUGACGCUUUUGCAUAUGUAGCUUAUCUCAACCAGAGUAUGCACACUAUCAAUGACCGUUUUCGAAGUAAGAAGUGGGAGAAAACAUACGAUUGGAGUCUCAACCUGACAGCAAUCAACAAUUACACCGACACUUACGGCUUCAAGAGCGAAGCGUGGAACAACAAGACUGGUGAGCUGGUUCGUACCCUUUUCACCAAGGCCCAAGUCUUCGUCUUCGAAGCGCACGCCGACACGCUUGCGAAGCUCAACGCUGUCACACCCAUGAGACAAACAGCCACCCAAGACACCCAACAGGAAACACUGGUUCGUCUAGACGCGAUAUACGAUGUGUUCAACGUCACCGUUAUGUCGUUCUAUAUCGGUGCUGGCGCUAUGCUCCUUGUGCUCGCGAUUCUGUACUGGUUCAACAAGAUGCACAAAACGAAGUACGAGUUCGGGGAGAUGAUCAACCGCGUAGUUGUAGGCUUUGCACUUAUUAUCGUUGGUGUUGCUGCUGUCAUUGGCGACAAGUCGACUGUGGGCUUCAAGUUUAAGGCAAGUCAUUGGAUGAUAGCUAUUGUGGUGCUGUGUUUCGUUACUGGUAAGUCACUUCUCUCUCCUCUUUCCCUACAUCUACGCUACAUACCCCUGAACGUUUCCUCAAAGAGCAAUCUGGAGGAAGCUUGA